AUGGGAAAUUGUUGCCAAUCAUCGUUGUUGUUCGGAGUAGGCGAGAGAGAAACUCACCCGGAAAAGGAAAAUCAGCAACCCUACCGCAACCACAAUCACAACGCUAUCUUCUCUCAGAGUCAGAGAGAGACUAUGACUAUUUUCGUGUCUGUAGCUGAUGAACCUUCAUCGUUCUCGGAGCUCUCCUUGGCAGACCUGAAAGCCGCGACAAAUAAUUUCAGCUCAGAGUAUAUCGUUUCGGAGAGUGGAGAAAAAGCACCGAACGUGGUUUACAAGGGUCGGCUCCAGAACCCGAACAAGAAUCGUUGUUGGAUUGCUGUGAAGAAGUUCAGCAAAGCUGCUUGGCCUGAUCUGAAGCAAUUCGUGGAAGAAGCUUCUGGCGUUGGGAAAUUGCAGCAUCCAAGGCUCGCUAAUUUGAUCGGUUACUGUUGCGGUCUACUAUUUCAAGAUUCAAGAUGGAAGAGUUGGGUGUUCUCCGUGUUUUUAAUGUACAGUUCAAAGAGUUAUUUACGGUCUUGCCAUUAA